ACAAAUUUUUCACAAAAUUUAUCCAAUUUUCACAAUUUUGAGGUAAAAGAGAGAGAGUGCGGGAAAAACCCCAACUCUUCGAAAUUUCGAACCCCAAACCCCGCUCUCUUCUCAUUAAAUUAUUCCACAAUUUCAUUAUUUCUACACUUGUAAUUUUUCAUUUUCAUUCUUCCCUUUUUCUUCAAUACAUCUUCUUUAAUUAAUUCCCCCAAUUUUCAGAUUUUCUCCUUUUUAGGGUUCCAUCUUCUUCAAUCUCAAUCAAAUUUUUGGGAAAGUACCUUAAUUUCUAAUUCUGAAUUCUAGGGUUUUAGCAACAAUGGUGAAAGUAAAGAAAGAGAAAGGAAGUACUAGUAAGAAUGCUGCUGCUACUGUUGUUGGUCGAGAAUUGAGGAGUCGUAAAAAUGGCGCCGGUGAUUCCGUCGCCGUAGAGCGGAAGCCACGGCCGCCGUCGCAGCGUGGAGGUGCAGAAGAAGAGGAGGAAGAAGAUGAAGUAGUUGUUAGGAGAAAUCUUCGGUUCAGAUAUCUCGCCGUCAAGAAUUUACUAUCUGGUGGAGCUGAUGAUUUGUCACGGCCGGAUUCCGAUAGGUUUAAGACUAUGAUUGAUGAAGUUGAGAGUUUGCAUAAGAAAGUUCGGAAGCCUCGGGAGCAAGUGGCUGAUGCAGAGGCUUUAUAUGACAUUACAAGUAGUUUUGUGAAAACUGUAAGGGCUCAGAAAAAUGAAGGCGUGACUCCAUCAGAUUUUGUGUCUUGCCUGCUUAGGGACUUUGGCCAUCAAGGUGGUGGUGCUGCAGGCAGUUUAGAUGGUUCCGGGAACAUGAUACUUUGGAAAGACAUUGGGCUUGCAGUUUCUCAUAUUUUCAGAAAAGGCACUGGAUGUUGUACCAUGCUAGGGCCUAUGUCUUCUGAACUAAAGAGAAGGAAGACUGUAGUUCGGAAAAAACAUGUCAAGCCAACUGAUACUUCACGGCCUGAAGAGCUUGAAAGCACUGUGGAAGAGAAAACUGAUACAGAUAAGAAUAUGUCGAUAAUGUUUGGCAUUUUGGGGAAAUACCGAAGGGUCCGGCUUGAAAAUUUAAUCCUGAACAGAACGUCUUUUGCACAGACUGUGGAAAACUUAUUUGCUUUGUCAUUUUUAGUGAAAGAUGGAAGAGCUGAAAUCACUGCAAAUGCAGAUGGCCAUUUUGUUUGCCCUAGGAAUGCUCCAUCUGCUGAAGAAAUCACAUCAGGCAAAGUUGCAUACAGUCACUUUGUCUUUAGAUAUGACUUCAAGGACUGGAAGUUGAUGAUGGAUUCUGUUGGAGAAGGCGAGGAGCUGAUGCCACACAGGGUUCCAGCAGACAUAUCUGCUGAUUCAGAGUUACCAACUGAAUCUGAAAAUGUAGUUCCCGAAAAAGCUGCUACGACGACCCCAAUUAGAAAAUUAUCUAGAAAUCGAGGUCUUGUUCUACAAGAACAGACUGUUGAAGACUCACCAGAGAGUGACGAAAAUAGAUUAAGAGCAGAUUAUAUCAGAAAGGGAAAGCGCAGAUUAAUAUGAGGCUAGGAUGAUUUGUACAGCAUCUUGAUCUUAGGCACCUUCAUAUAUUAAAUAGUAUUAGAUUGUAUAUAAUUAUUUUUAGUUUUAUUUUUUAGUUUCGUCAUAUGCUUCAGGUUUUGGACGAGUUUAACUAAUGUCCUAAUUAUUUCUUAAGUGGCUGUCUUCUUUACAGCCUACAUGGACUAUUUAGUCUCGUUUGACUUCAUGAGAUUUGUACCACGCUCUCGAACUUAAGCAAAUAUUAAGUCCUUACUUCCUCAGUUUUAAA